AUGAAUGUCGAUUCUUGCAUAGGAAUUGGCUUCCGUGAAAAUCACAGGUUUGCUGAACGGUUGCACAAAGGAUUUGACAAGGUUUAUCUCCUGUGCUUCCAAGUUGUAGAUUGCCAUGACAAGGAACUGGGCAAAAGCCCCCACAGGCUGAACUUUAAGGUUCCAGGGAAGGGUCAAGCACAGUCUCGUCCCGAGUGCGAUUUCAUCAUGGAGUGGAAGCAAAAUGAGAGCAAUUGCUUAAGGGAGAUUGAUCAGCAUGUGAAUGCAACGGCAGGUUGCAAGAGGAUAUGGGACCAGGUUCUGUGCUGGCCGGAUGCAAACCCUGGACAAACACUCACUUUUACCUGCCCGGGCAUCUUCUUCCAUUUCACACAGCAACCAGGCUUGGUCAAGAGGAACUGCACGGCUCAGGGCUGGACCGACCCGUUUCCACCAUAUUCAAUUGCAUGUCCGGUGGAUGACGAUGCUACUCUUGGCGAAAUGGCCUUCCUCUCAACCAUCAAAACCUUCUACACGGUGGGUUACAGCAUCUCUACCACUUCCCUGGUCGUUGCAGUCAUGGUCCUUGUUGCAUUCAGGAGACUUCAUUGUCCCAGAAACUACAUCCACAUCCACCUCUUCCUCACGUUCAUUCUGAAAGCAGUUGCCAUCUUCAUCAAAGACGUGGUGCUCUUCCAAACAGAAGACCCCGACUCUUGCGGCUUUUCUACAACCGAAUGCAAGAUUUCCAUGCUCCUCUGCCACUAUUUCACAAUGAGCAACUUCAUGUGGCUGCUGGUGGAGGCCCUGUACAUCAACGCUCUGCUCUUGUCCUCCUUUGCCCAUGGGAGAAGGUAUUUCUGGUGGCUGGUUCUGUUUGGCUGGGGUGUUCCAACUAUUUUUACAAUAUUGUGGAUAUUCGUGAAGGUGUAUUUUGAAGAUAUUUCGUGCUGGGAUAUAUACCACGGAUCUCCCUACAGGUGGCUAAUCAAGGGCCCUAUUAUCGUUUCUGUUGGGGUCAACUUCAUUCUUUUUAUCAACAUCAUCCGAAUCUUGCUGAAAAAGCUGGACCCGAGACAGAUCAAUUUCAACAAUUCAUCUCAAUACAGACGUCUGUCUAAGUCAACUCUACUCCUCAUCCCACUGUUUGGAAUGCAUUACAUCCUCUUCAACUUCCUUCCCGAUUACACCAAUGUGGGAGUCCGCCUUUACCUAGAGCUCUGCAUAGGAUCAUUCCAGGGCUUCAUUGUAGCUGUUCUGUACUGUUUCCUAAAUCAAGAGGUACAAGCAGAGAUUUGCCGGAAAUGGCGUGGCAGCAGUUACAGAUUCAUGCCUGUUUGGAGGAAGAGGACAAGAUGGACCAUGCCUUCAAGUUCUGGCAUCAAAAUGACAAGUUCUGUGAGUUAG